AUGAAUGAGGUAGAUGCGCCAUGCCUAUCCAACGAAGCACAACAUGUGCUGAACUGGGCCUCGGUGCUCCACCACAAGACCUUUCUCCGGUAUCGGGAUGAGCUGAGCCAACUCGAGGCCGAAGUCAAAGAGCUUGCUGAGAAGAGAGGCAUGUAUAUGCUUCUUAGCGAGCAACGUGAAGGAGAAGUCAAGAGCCUCCGAGCUGAGUUGGAUGCGGCUCAGAAGGAACACGCUGACCUGUUGGAACAGGUCCAGCAGAAGGUUGAUCGGGUCGACCAGCUCCAGGCUGAGAUGGAUGAAGUCAAGGUCAUGGCCGAGGAGUGGAAGGUCAAGAUGGACCGAUUGGCUUCGGAAAAGGAGACCGCCCAGGAGCAGCGGGCCUCGACGGAGGCCCAACUUCGAUCGAUGAAGGAGAAGGCUGAAACUCGGUCCCAAAAAAUCGAAGACCUCCAGUCUCAUCUGGGCUCGGCCGUUGCCGCAAGGGAUACCCUUGACAAGGAGCUUGAAGCAGCCAAGUUAGCGGUGGAAAUAACCAAGGCCGACGCUGAAGAGAUGGUGGCCCAGUAUAAAGCUGAUGCUGAGGCAGCUCAAGAACGCCUGAAGGACAUCGUCAAAUAUGUGAGGUGGCAGUCUCGGAGGGAGGUUCUUGAGGAAGUUCAUGCCCGGGGGUUCUAUUUAUCGGCCGAGAUUGUAAAUUUUAAGAGGCUCGAGUUUGAGGCUUAA